AAAAUAUUACGCAGCGUGUGUGGGUUUGUUUGUGUUUGUGUGUUGCUCAACUACAAGUCGAAGACAUGGCAGCCAAGAUGGAGCUUGCACCGCUCAGACCGUGGGAUGAUUUCUUCCCCGGAGCGGACCGGUUCGCCAAACCUGAGUUCGGAGAUUUAACAAAGUGGAACAACCGAGUGAUCAGUAAUUUACUGUACUACCAGACGAAUUAUUUCGCCGUGGCUCUGGUGGUUUUCCUCAUUGUAGGGUUCCUGAACCCAUUGGGCAUGUUUCUGGGCGGAGCUGUGGUGACUCUGGUCUUCAUUGGUUCAGUGUGGGCAGGAGAAAACAAGGCCAUCGUCAAGAACUUCAAAAAGAAGAACCCCACGCUGUUUGUCAUCGGGGUCAUGGCCACCAGUUACUUUGUGCUGUCGUUGUGCGGUGGUGUCAUGGUCUUCAUCUUUGGAAUCACUUUCCCUUUGCUGUUAAUACUGAUCCAUGCCUCUCUGAGACUGCGCAACAUGAAAAACAGACUGGAGAACAAGAUUGAGGGUGUUGGGCUAAAGAAGACCCCCAUGGGUAUCAUCAUGGACCUCCUGGAUCAGCAGGAGGAGAAAAUGAACAAGAUUCAGGAUUUCAUUGAAAGCAAACUGAAGGAAUAAGGCAAAAGUGUGCCGAGGGAAGUCAUGCAGCCCGGAUUAAAACUUCGAUAGCGUUUAUCCCCUUUAUACAUGUAAAGUUACUGAUGUUUGCAUUCCCAUACUGUUUUUCUGUUUUUGUUUGACUUUUUUCUCUUAUACGUUUGUUUGUUUACCCUGUCUAAAGUGCAUAGAUGGAUAAUAACAUUAUAACAUGAUUUGCACAAUCACAGCGUGUAUUGGAUGUUGAAAGGCAAUGGGCACUUAAGGUUACCAAAGUUUGAGCACUCCUGUGUCAAAAAUAUACCCAAAAACAACUAAUUUUCCCCUGUCGACAAUGCACUUUGUUUGACACGACGACGAGUAUUUCAUCCAAAUAAAGCAGUCUGAACUGAAUAUCUAAUGCAGACAUUCAUAACCAAUUAUAUUUGUUCUUUAAAAAACAACAACAAUAUGGAUCCUUUCAGUUUGCUACCUCAAAACAAGCAUGUUUAAUUUUCUUCUCACUGAGUAAACCCACAUUACCAAGAUACAGACCCAACACCCAGUGGAUUAACUGCUUAUUAAACAGCAAUAACUCCCAUCUUGCCAAUGUAGGAAUACUGAUCUGAGACCAGUGUGCUUCUGGUGGAGACAUGGUUGUAUGUCCUGACUGAUAAUCAUGGAGUUUAAAUAUUCCUUUUAUCAAAAGAUUUGUGCUUACAGUUUCUGACCAUACAGGCUGGCCUGACUGUAUCCCUUUUGAUCACAGCUAUGCAAUAUUGAAAAAUGAAUGGCAAGUGCAGCUUUAUUGUUUGAAUAUUAUGUCAUGGUAUGUAUAAGUUUGUUGUUAUUUCUAAUGUGUCUUUACAUUCACAAUAUAGCAUGCAGAAAUGUAUAAAACGGCUGCAAGAAAACAGAGUUUAAAUGAAUGAACUUUAAUUUAUCACUGUUCUCUCUUAAUUAGUAAAUACUGGACUAGAGAUGAAGAGACAUCCCAUGCUACUGGGAUCAAAUCCCUUUUUCUUGUAAAAAAGAAGAACUAAAUUAAUCAUCUGUGAUGUUAAGCGUUCAUUUUAUACUUACACUCCUGGCAGUUGUUUCACACAUGCACAUUGACUGCAGUUUGUGGAUCCUACCUUCACAAGUGUAAGUUCAGAGAGAUUCUUUGUUAUGUGGAUGCUAUAUUAUAUGUUAUCUUUGUUUUAUGUGACUUUUUCAUUCUUGAAAAGUGAUGAUAAAAUCACUGAACUUGAAGUUAACAUGGCAUCUAUUAAAAUAAAGAUAACAGGAUUUGUGUUGCAGUCUUUUCCCAA